CCAGACUCCCGACGUCUGGGAAAGCAGCAAGCUGGAAGUACGUAGCCCAUGUAUUAAUACAUGGGAGACAGAGGAUAGUCUGUCUCAGAACCAGCAGCCCGACUAAGAUAUUGGUCAUUCUGCGCCGGACUUCGACACAGCACUGGGACUGGAAACCAUUCCGUAAAGCCUGAGGUUUGGAAGACAAUCAAGAAGAGGGAAGCCUUGAAGUUUGCGAGCUUCGUCCGCAUCCCCUUUAUCUUCAUGGAAACGUAGAGUUCACCUACACCAGGAUGGUCUGGGGGUAGUUCUAUGGAGUCUGAGUUGGCACUGGGAGCAGUUUUCGAAAAGAUAAAGGCGGGAAACACAGUCGGAAAAACUUUCCCUUGUUCAAGAAGAAGAAGAAGACGACGGUGAGUGGGUCGGAUUGUUGUAAAGUAAUCUUUACGCACGUUCUGCGCAGACAGAUUUGCACAAUCCAAGAUGCGCCUGUUGAACACGUCGUGCGGAUGUGACCGCGGAGAAAUGCGAGCGAGAACACACAUGUCCGGAAUGUUGCGGUUUCUUUUCCUGCUCGCGGCUGUACUGUCAUGUCACGGCUGUCCGGAAAAAUGCUCUUGUGUCUCACAAACUGUGAAAUGCCAAGACCUGGGCUUGGAAGCGAUUCCGCAGUCUCUACCGGUCAAUACCAAAAUACUAUUCGUCACAGGAAACAACAUUUCCCGGAUCAGUGUGGACUCUUUCCCAACCCGCCUGCAACUGUUGUCAGAUCUCGAUCUCAGUGGGAAUGACGUGGAGUCUGUGGAGGCUAUGGUAUUUGACAACUUGCCAAACCUUGUGAGGCUGGACCUUAGCAACAACAGAAUCCAGAAUUUCAGCAAAAGAGCUUUCCCUGCUGAGAAUAAAGUGCAGCACUUGGACCUCAGUAGGUCUUUCCACAAUCAUUCCUUCAUGGAUGUGGUCCUGAGCGUUCUUCAGAGUGGAAACCUCCUCCAGCUGACAGUCUUGGACCUGUCCAACAAUAACCUGGUGAUUCUUCCAGACAACCUAUUCACCAGCCUCUCCAACCUGGUAAACCUCAGCCUGCAGAACAGCUCCAUCAUCUCCAUCCAGAACGGGACGCUGAGGGUGCCGCCGCUGCUACACCUUGACCUGAGGGACAACAGCCUGAGGGACCUGGCCACCUCCACCCUGGCAGAGUUCAGCCUCAAGCCUGCACUCCGCAUCCAGCUGGCGGGGAACCCCUGGCGCUGCGACUGCUUCAUGGACGACAUGCUCCAGUGGCUGAAAAACUCCACUCAGGUUGUUGACCUACAGAACCUGACCUGUGAAGACCCAGAGGCCCUGAGACGCCAGCCACUCCUGCAAGUAGAGCAGUCCCAGCUGAAGUGUUCAGGCGACAUGAAAGGCGUGCUGGAGACUUCGUAUGUUUUUCUCGGUCUGGUGCUGGCCCUGAUUGGUGUCAUAUUCCUGCUGGUGCUCUACCUGAACAGAAAAGGCAUCAAGCGGUGGAUUUACAACAUCCGGGAUGCUUGUAGGGACCACAUGGAGGGGUACCAUUACAGGUACGAGUUAAACUCUGACCCACGUCUGGCCAACCUGAGCAUCAAUUCGGAUGUGUGAGCGAGGACGGGACACUGUCUGGCACCCCGCAGUGAGAUAUUAAAUGACUUACACUGUUAGAUUUUGCAUGAAAGUCUUCCUCCCCUUCCCCCACCCCCCCCCCACCCACAUGAUGCUAUUCAGAUUUCACAUCUGUCAUGGCUCCUAAUUAACCCCUCUCACAACCUCCAUUUAACCACUGCCGCAUGUCCAAUACAAGUACCCGGCAGCUGUGAUGUCAAUUGCGUUCCUCCGUGUAACAUUGCAUGGACAAUGAAUCUUUUUUUUUUUUUUGUAGAGAGUUGCAAAAGUGAUAUGUUCUAUUUUUACUUUUCCUAAAGAAUAAACGUAUGGAGUACAUUGACUUUUAAGUGAAAGAGAACAAAAAGACACUUUGCUGGUCAUUGCAUCCUUGUCAUUAUGCCUCUGCUGCAGAGAAAUGCUCGUUGUAAUGAGUUUGUUCUUUUUAACAUGUGAAUUUGUGAUAUACAACAUGCCUCUUGAAUAGUUAUAGUGCACAAUGCAUAGUUUUUGGAUUUUAGUAGGUGGAUGUAAUUUUUUUUUUUGCUGUGAAGCUAUAAGGCUGAAUAAAAUGCCUCUGAUUGCUGG